AGGAAAAUAAUCAGAUAAUUAUUAUUAGAAAUAGAAUACUCGAAUAGAGUAGUCUGCCUUUUCACCAGACUCCAGUGCUCGAGAGCCUUGUUUGAAGUCAUUUUCUACUGCCCUUUAGUUCAGUCUCGUCUUGUCUCCGAAGAGAAGCUCUUGCCAGCAUCGUUGCUCUCCUUAGUGCCUUUGGUCGUCCUCUGGACAGCUAUUUCACCAUGUCUGAUGACUUUAUGAUGGAUGACGACGAUGAAGAGUACCCCGACCUUGAAUACUCUGAGGAGAGCAACAGCGAGCCAGACGUCGAUUUGGAGAACCAGUACUACAACAGCAAAUCCAUAAAAGAGAGUGACCCACGUGCAGCAUUGAAAAGUUUUCAAAGUGUUUUGACCCUUCAACUGGAAAAGUGCGAAUGGGGUUUCAAAGCUCUGAAACAGUGUAUGAAGCUUAACUUCAAACUCGGCCAGCAUGGGGAAAUGAUAGAACACUAUCGCGAGCUGCUAACCUACAUGAAGGGCGCAGUGACGAGAAACUACUCGGAGAAGUCAAUCAACUCAAUCCUGGAUUACAUCUCAACAUCUGCUCAGACUGAGCUGUUGCAGAGCUUCUAUGAGACAACCCUUGGUGCACUUAGAGAAUCCAAGAAUGAGAGGCUUUGGUUCAAGACGAACACUAAGCUGGGCAAGUUAUACUUUGACCGUGGAGAGUUUGUCAAGCUGCAGAAAAUUAUCCGACAGUUGCGAGCAUCCUGCCAGACUGAGGCUGGCACUGAUGAUUUGAAGAAAGGAACGCAGCUUUUGGAGAUUUAUGCACUGGAGAUUCAGAUGUACACAGAGCAGAAGAAUAACAAGAAGCUGAAGGCACUGUAUGAGCAGUCGUUGCACAUCAAGUCAGCCAUUCCUCAUCCUCUUAUUAUGGGUGUCAUUCGCGAAUGUGGUGGGAAAAUGCACCUGCGGGAGCAGCAAUUUGACAGUGCUCACACAGACUUCUUUGAGGCAUUCAAGAACUAUGAUGAAUCAGGCAGUCCAAGACGGACAACGUGUCUGAAGUAUUUGGUAUUGGCUAACAUGCUGAUGAAGUCGGAGAUUAACCCGUUUGAUUCUCAGGAGGCCAAGGCAUACAAGAAUAACCCAGAGAUUCUGGCCAUGACCAAUUUGAUCAUAGCAUAUCAGAACAAUGACAUUGUGCAGUUUGAGAAGAUUCUGAAGCAGAACAGGAAGUCAAUCAUGGAAGACUCGUUCAUCUGGGAGCACAUUGAAGACUUACUUUCCAACAUCCGCACCCAGGUCCUGAUCAAGCUCAUUCGGCCAUACAGUCGUAUUCGCAUCCCUUUCAUCGCAUCGGAGCUGAAUAUCGACUGUGAUGAUGUGGAGAGUCUACUAGUGGACCUGUUGCUGGAUAGGGUCAUUGAUGGCAAGAUAGAUCAGGUCAAUCAAAUCCUCAUCAUGAAUAAGAGUACAACCGCAAGUAACACUUCAAUGCAUCAUGUCAUGGGUGCGUGGACGAAAGAGCUGGCGGCGCUUACAGAGCGGGUGGCCACCAGGCUGGUGUGAGUCAAGAAACGACCCACAUCAUCAAACAUGUACUCAUAAAACGAACACACGUCUGCUCAUCAAAUUGUCAAAAACUGUUGCAGCUUGACACAUGAAAUAUAUACUCUGUACAGCCUCUAUCAAACUAUCCCGGACCAAUAAAAUACAUUAGGUUUGUACAUUCUUUAUUACUGCAAAGAACACAACAAUCAACAUGACCACAGUUAGGCUAGUGUAAAAAAAAAAAGCUUUCCGUGGAAUCCGGAGCUGCUUUUCCUUGACAUUCUAACUGCUUGGCCGCUUCUCGGACGGGUGUGCUGUGAUUCGUGUGGCAACUGCGCCCACCAUGCUGCUGCCGUUGGACGCCUGGCGCUUGCCUUGCUCCCAGCUCCGAUUGCCUUGCUUCCUACUCUCCAGUUUAUACAGUCUGAGAUACCACUUUCCUUGCUCCCUGUUCCUCAGUAUGUUCAUCUCAGCUUCUAUCUGCUUGCCUUGCUUGCUAUUCUCUACUCUGCAGUGUCUGGUCUUAGUAGUCAUCUCAGAUAUCUACUUGUGAACCAUCAUGUGGUAGCAGUAGCACUGAUGACUGUGCACACACAACAGAUAUCACGUGCACAUUUUACUCUUUUUUAUUGGUGUAUUUCACGAAACUAUUCAUCUGUUAGUUUGGUUCUGCUGUACUAGUACUUCAAAGAAGCAUUCAUAUUUUUUCUUUCCUUUUUUAUGUUCUUUUGAGUUAGCCCACAGCUAUUUGUGUACCAUAUUAAUUUUAGUGAUGCGACAAGCAAAUUCGAAACACUUGGAUACUAACUAUCA